UUUUGUUAGUAUAUUGAUGACGAAAUUGUUUACAAGAAACCGGUUAGCUGUAAAAAUGAGCAGUUUUGUCGCACGAUGGCUGGUAUCCAGGCUAUUCCGAGGUCUGACACACACACAGGUCCAACCUGUGAGGCAGUUGAGGUUGGCAAGACCUUUAUCGUCCUUCAAAGAUGUGAGUUCGUACAGCUUGAGAAGUCACACCUGUGGUGAGCUGAGAGCAGUGCAUGCUGGGGAGGAUGUUAGCCUCUGUGGAUGGGUCCAAUUUCAAAGAAAGCAGUUGUUUGUGACCCUCAGAGACUCCUAUGGAGUCAUUCAGCUGGUCCUGCCACAAGACAAGAGCCAUGCAGACAUUAAGCAGACGCUGGCCCACCUCCCCCCAGAGUCGGUGGUUUGUGUCCAAGGGGUCGUUCAACUCAGACCCAUCGGAGAGGCCAACAAGGCCAUGGCUACAGGUGAUGUGGAGGUGUCAGUGAGUAAAGUUGAGAUGGUCAACAAGAGUAAAAUCCUCCCCUUCCAAAUCAGGGACUUCUUCCAGGUGAAUGAACACCUGAGACUGAAGCACAGGUACCUGGACCUGAGGGGCUCCCAGCUACAGAACAACCUCAGGGUCAGGUCACAGGUCAUCAUGAAGAUGAGGGAAUUUCUCGUCAACACACAUGGAUUUGUUGAUGUGGAGACUCCAACACUAUUCCGCAGAACUCCUGGGGGUGCUCGAGAGUUUGUAGUUCCUUCCAGAGAAAAGGGAAAGUUCUUCUGUCUUCCGCAGAGUCCUCAGCAGUUCAAGCAGCUCCUUAUGGUGGGAGGAGUGGACAGGUAUUUCCAGAUUGCCAAGUGUUACAGAGACGAGGACCUGAGACAAGACAGGCAACCAGAGUUCACACAGGUUGACAUAGAGAUGUCCUUUGUUGACCAGAGGGGGGUUGAGCAGUUAAUAGAAGAGCUGCUGGAGCAUGCAUGGCCUGAUGGGAAGGCUCCACUCAAGCUGCCUUUUCCCAGAAUGCCUUACAAGGAUGCUAUGGAGAAGUACGGCAGUGACAAACCUGACACUAGGUUUGGAAUGGAGUUGCAUGAUGUGAGUGACAUCAUGAGGUCGAGUGGGGUCACUGUGUUUGAGAGGUUACUUAAGGACAGUCCAGGAAACAGUGUUCAGGCCUUCAAUGCCAAACAGGCAGCUCUGCACCUGAAGACCAAAGAUAUAGAAAAACUGCAGGAUGUUGCAAAACAGGCCACGUCUAAGGGCUUGUCUGUUCUACAGGUAGUAUCAGGAGGUGAGGUGAAGGGGCCGAUGGCCAAGCACAUCAGCGCCCCCUGUAAAAAAGCCCUGCUGCAGGAACUGCAGGCAGAGGAAGGCGACAUGCUGCUGCUGGCUGCUGGGGAGCAUCUCAAAACUUGUGAGCUCCUUGGAAGAAUACGAGUAGAGUGUGCCAAUGUCUUAGAAACACACGGUGUCCACCUCAGGGAUCCAGAUGUCUUCAACUUCCUGUGGAUAACCGACUUCCCACUGUUUGUACCAAGAGAAGAUGGUUCAGGGUUGGAGUCGGCUCACCAUCCCUUCACAUCCCCACAUCCUGAGGACACAGACCUGGUGUUCUCACAACCACACAAGGUGCGCAGCCAGCAUUACGACCUGGUUCUGAACGGUAAUGAGAUAGCAGGCGGUUCCAUCCGGAUCCACAACGCGGAAUUACAGAGGUACAUCCUGGAGGAAGUCCUGAAGGAAGAUGCAUCAGUUUUAGACCACCUCCUGGAAGCCCUGCAGUCUGGCUGUCCCCCACAUGGGGGCAUCGCUAUAGGGUUAGACCGGCUGAUGGCUGUCCUCUGUAAGACUGACAGCAUCAGGGACGUCAUCGCCUUCCCAAAAUCCCACGCAGGUCACGACCCCAUGAGCGGAGCGCCCUCAUGGCUGACUGAUGCGGAACUGCAGCCUUUCCAUGUCAGAGUUCAACCUGGGUCAUCUUCAGAAUUAUGAUAUAUAAGAGCUAUUCUUCAAUCAACAAUGUUGGCUGAUGGGCAGAAUGUUGACUUUUCUUUAGCUUCAGUUGUGACACAACUGAUGUCAUCAAUGCUGCAUCUUACAUAUUAUUUGCUACAUGUACCAACUUGAAAGAUAGUAUUCUAUAUUGUAAUUUAGUUUCAUUGCUUCAUGUCUGUCUAGA